GAAAGAGAGUCCGUUAGAUCAAGCAUCCUUCAAAUUCUGAUAGGCAUGCUGUCCAGAUUUGACCGUCUAGAAUGUUUCGCGAUGCCUUCAGCUGAAUUUACUUACCCUGAAGGCAUUAAGGUGCUCAAAACAGUAACUUCAGCGUCCAAAGAAUCCCUUCAAUCUUUACUAAUUGAAGGCUUUUUCCAUACACCUGACGAAAUAAUUAUGGGAGAACAUGUAAGUUUUGAUGGCGUGACGAAAUACAUCCUCUCUCUCAACAACUUGAAAAAGCUGGGGAUCGACUUCUUUAUUCUGACCGAUGAUUUUGUCAAUGCGCUGUCUACCUCAAGUGCUAAGUUAGAAAAAUUGAAAAUUAAUGCAAGUUUCAUCAGCUUUUCUACAAAGAAUAUAUCGCAAAUAUCGUGGUUAAAUUUGACCAAAGCAUGUCCGAAAAUGAAGGUCGAGAUUUCUGUUGAUAGUACAGUGGAGACCCCAACUAUUUCUAUCCCCAUUCUAUUGGAACCAGUGUUACCCAUCAACAAGAUCCGCUUGGAAAUUAAUGAUUUAUACUACCGCCAUGCUCAACCGAAAAUUGGGGCUGUACUGCAACAUAUCUCAAACCACUUCAGUGGAAGUCUGGUUAAAUUCGAGAUGGACAUAGAUAAUCGCGACGACCCAAUUGACGGAGUCCUACAGAUAUUUGUCCAGAGCUGCCCACGUCUGCUGCAUCUAACGGUCUCGGCUCACUUUGCAAGUCCACAUACGCAGCAACAUAUUUUGGACCUGAUACAAGCCAGAAGACUCGAACAGCGUCAAUGCCCUCGCAAGCCCCGGUCCUAGAUUCGAGAACCGCCGCGAAUUGGGAGUCCAGAUUAGAGGCCAAGUCUAGUUAACUAACACCGUCAAUAUGUUGGCCUAGACACCCGGAAAAAAAAUAUGAUUUAUGUUAAAAAUAUUUUAACCAGCAGUAAUAACUUUCCAUCAUGAAAUACUUAAGCGAAAAGAUUAUUUCCAUCUACGUAGUUAUCUUUUGUGUCAGCUAAUGCCAUGUACAUAAUUAAUUGACAAAGAAUAAACAUACAGAAAGUAUAAAC